GCGGUAACACCACUCACGUCAGAGGGGGUCACCCACCCACCCCUGGGCCUGUGGCCUAGAUGCUCUCCCUGCCAGCCUCACCCUGCCUUCCAUCUCCUCUGAGUUCCAUCCUCCACGCCAAGCUAGACCCCAUGCUGCUCUGGACCGUGGCACUGCUCUUUGUUCCCUGUGUUGGGAAAACUGGCCAGCUGAGCCUCCAAGUCCCACCAAACCCCAUGUUUGAAGGAGACAACCUGACUCUGAAAUGCCAAGGAAGGAAUAACAUAUUACUGUCCCAGGUGAAAUUCUAUAAGAAUGGAAAAUUUCUCCAUCUCUCUGAGGACAGCCAGACUCUGUCCAUGGGGAUAGCAACAGUGAACAGCAGUGGCCACUACCACUGCACCGGGAACAUGACACACAAUCGCCAUGUGAUCACAGGGAUUUCAAAGACUGUCAUGGUUCAGGUCCAAGAGCUGUUCCCACCUCCUGUGCUGAGGGCCACCCCCUCUAACAAGCUCCUUGAGGGGAUACCGUUGACCCUGAAAUGCCAGACGAAGCUGCACCACCGGAGGCCAGCCCAGAGGCUCCGCUUCUCCUUCCACAAGGAUAGCCGCCCCCUCCAGACCAGGGUCCUCCACCCAGAACUCCACAUCCGAGCAGCCAAGGAAGGGGACUCCGGCCUUUACUGGUGCGAAGCAGCCCCUGAGAGUGGCCAGAUGCGGAAACGAAGCCCUCAGCUGGAGAUCAGAGUGACGGCUCCCGUGUCCCAACCGCUGCUCACCCUGAGACCCACCGGCCUCGCCGUGGGGGACGUGGCGGAGCUCCUCUGUGAGGCCCAGAGCGGCUCCCCUCCGGUCCUGUACUCCUUCUACCUCAACGGGAAGAAGCUGGGGAACCGCGUGGCUCCCUGCGGAAGAGCCGCCUCCCUCCUCUUCCGGGUGAUGUCAGAGCGGGAUGCUGGGAACUACUCCUGUGAGGCUGAGAACAGUGUCUCCAAAGAGACAAGCAAACCUGGGGCGCUCUCCCUGGACGGUCUUCCGGUCUUGUCUGCCCCCACCAGCAGCAACGGGCUGGUUCUGUGGCUGCCUGCAAGCCUGCUUGGCCUGAUGGUCAUUGCUGCUGCACUUCUAGGGUAUUUCAGACCCUGGAGAAAAACUGGGCCCCUUCCACCUCAGGAUCUGCCCCCAGAGGCAGGUGGAGAGCAGCACCUGCUGAACAUCAAUUGUAAGGACUUGCAGCAGGACCGGGUUCAUUGCCAGAAUGAGAAUGAUGACGGGAUUAUCUACUCUGAGGUAUAUACAACCCCAAAUGAGAAUGACGCCAAGCCUGCCAAGCCAGCCCAGAAGAAAAAGGACGUUUCUGUCAUCUACGCCGAGGUGAGAACCUGCAGCCCCAUGAGGUUCCAGCCAAGGGACUGAAUAGAAGAAGCAAAACCCACAAAGAUGCCACUGGUGACAGUGAGGAGGGCCUCUGCUAGUGAUGAAGUCCCUCGAUGCAUGCCCACCCAGCCGCAGCCUCCAGCACUCCCCAGAAAGCCAGGACCCCUUCUGUGGGUCCUCCCGCUCCCGAGCCCAGAAGCCAGAACCCCUUACAUGUUUUAAAAGAUACAUGAUUGGAGAAUCUAUCUGUUAAUA